AUGAGCUCCCAAGAUUUUCUAAACCCGAAGCUUUCUGUCGGACGCACGCGGCCUCAAUCACUGCAGUUUGACCCGGGACGGAAGCUUUCACCAACUACCCCGUCUGCGCGUGCUCUGUCAGGCAUCUAUGGCUCCUCGGCAGCCGCAAGUUUUCGCUCCGAUGAGGAGCAUUUGAUCUUCGAAUUCGGCUCUCGAUUCCUUCGCGCCGGAUUCGCUGGGGAGAGCAAGCCGCGCUGCACUAGAGCCUUUGGACCCGAUGAGCAGCGCAGGGUCGGCGAUUUUCGCCGCUGGAUGCCCGGUUACGAGAGUGUGCGCCGGAAGAGAAAGCGAGGCCAGGACUGGGGAGAGGAAUAUGAGCUGUGGAAGAUGGACCUACGCAACGCGGACCUCGGGCUGGUGGAGGACAAGAUCGAACGAGCUGUCAGAGAAAUCAUAGCCCAGUACCUUCUCCUCGACCAUCGGCCACGCCGUGCUACCGUGGCAGUACCCGCUCAGCUUCCACGUCCGUUGAUGUCCGCUCUGUUAUCCUCGGUUUUCACCACGCUCCAGGCGAUCAGCAUCACCGUGCUCUCUGUGCCUGUCCUGAACAUCGUCUCGGCAGGUCUGAGAUCGGGUCUGGUCGUCGAUCUAGGAUGGUCUGAAACAACCGUCACUGCCGUGUACGAGUACCGUGAGAUUCACCACAGAACUAGCGUGAGAGCCGGAAAAUAUCUCACGGAAGAGAUGGCCAAAGUCUUGAACGAGGAAUGCCACAGAUCAAAAAAGGACCCUCCACCGGAAGUUCAAGAAGAGAUCACGUUCGAGGAGGCAGAAGAAGUUCUAACGCGCAUGGCUUGGUGUUUGAAUCGCGAGGAAGCCAAAAGAAAGAAGAGCGGAGCGGAUCAAGACAGCUCCGCUGAUGAGGCCAAUAAUCCCUCCAUCACAGUUCCCUUUCCUUCUGCAGGACCACCCAUGACGAUCUCAGUUCCUUUCAAUCGGUUUGCCGAACCGUCUGAAAACGCUUUGUUUGCCAGCAACUGUUCUGCACACGAUAUCGACGACCAUGAUCUCCCCAUUCCACUACUUGCCUACAACGCUCUGCUUUCAAUACCCAUCGAUGCACGCAAACUCUGCAUGCCGCGCAUCAUUGUUACCGGUGGUGCUUCAAAGUUGCCCGGAGUAAAACGGCGUAUACUCGCUGAGCUCGAACAUCUGGUCAAGAAACGCGGUUGGGAUCCAGUGCGUAGCUACGGCAGCGCAACGCAGAAACGGGAGGAGCUGAAGAUGCGGAGCCAUCACGUCCGUAGCAGCACCAUCGACACCCUUGCGCCGCUCCCGCUGCAGCCUUCGGGCGAGUCCAGCAUUGCGGAAUCAACAGGGCAACAAGAAGAGGACGAGGACCACAGCGCACAGCAGACCCCCGGCUCACAAACGCCUACCUCGCAGCGGGCGUCUUCACGUUCGUCUGGUAUCGCUACGCCCUUUCCGGCAUCAGAGCUCCCGCAGGAAAUCGACCCUAUCACGGCCAAGCUGCAAGAAUUGGGGUUGAAGCAGCGUCAGCCCGGCCCCGAAGGUAUAGUCCGUGGAGUCGAAACGUUAGGUGCGUGGGCGGGUGCAAGCAUUGUGGCGCAGAUGCGUAUCCGUGGGAUUGUGGAAGUCGACAAGGAUCGAUUCAUGCAGCAUGGUCUUGCCGGAGCAACCAAGGAUACAGGCCAUACAACUGUAGUUGAGCAGAAGAGGCAGAGUACACUGGGUAGUGGAGGAAGGGCUGCGGGCGACAGAGGUAGCUGGACAUUGGGCGUUUGGGCUUAG